GCCUGUAAGUGAGAGGAAGAAAAGGAUGCAGAGGUUUGGCAGCGAGGGAGGAGGGAGAUUCACUCGACCUGUCCGGGUCUUUCAUGUCACAUUUCUGCCCUCGAGAUCUGACCUCUGUAACUCUGUCUGAAAAAUAACCUGGAAAAACUAAAAUGGACUAAUGGAAAACUGCCCUCUGGAAAAGAGUCGGAGCAACGCACCUCCUCUUCCUCCUGCUCCUCCUCCUCCUCUUCCUGCUGCUGCAUCAGACGGGAGAACUGAAGAGAAGAAUGAAAGACGUUUUUAAUUUGCUCCUGCAGAACUCAGGGAAAGACGCUGGAGCUUGUGUGCCAAAGUGAAGGCUUUAUGUGGAUUUAUGCAUCUAAUUGUACAGUUUGAACCGUUUUAGUUUCUGUUUAAGGGGAAAGAGCAAAUAGUGGAGGGAGACGGGAGGAGGAGCAGUGAGAUGAGAUGACUACAAAGGACAGGAGUAAAGAGGAGAGUUGAAGAAGAGAAAGCAGACGACUGGCCUCUGGAUUAUUAAACUGAGGAGAGAUGAGGCUCUGAUCCAACUUCUCCAGGAACUUAUACUGAUCUCAUCUCAGCCACAAUAUGAGCACUCCAACACCCGGCAGCCCAGACACGCAGGUGAAGAUGGGGUCCCAGGAGAUGGCGAUGCUGAGCAACCUUUUGGCUGCUUACACUUUCAUUGCAGACCAACCUGAGAGAACAGCUCUAGUGUUCCUCGGCGGUGUGUGUGUUGGUCUCCUGGUCACGCUGUGCGCCAUCGUCUUCCAGAUACACUGCCGAGCGGACUGCCACUAUGGCAACAGCAAUGACCUUCAGAAUCGCCAAAGGGUCAGACAUCACCGUCGCCAGCACCUCUGUGCCCGCCCUCAGCUCACAUCAGACGGUAACCCAGACAACACCGGUGCUGUGGUUGUGGCCUCUGGAGUGACUGGGAACACUGGGGACUGUGAGCAAGAGGACUGGGACGACACGUCUGACCUGUCGGCACGGCGACGCAGGCGUUUCGAGAGAGCUCUGCUGAACGCCACCAUGUUCACAUCUUCUGAGGAACUGGACCGGGCCCAGCGACUGGAGGAGCGGGAACGGGUUCUUCGAGAGAUCUGGAUGAAUGGACAACCAGACAUCAGCACAGUGACUCAAAGCCUCAACAGAUAUUACUGAUGGAAGACCAAAAAGACAGAUACAGACCGGGAGGAAAACAAAGUCAGAUGGAUGACUGGUGCAGAAAAAUGACCAUGAAACAGUUUCCACUGCAGCAGUGAUCCUCUGAUGUAAAACUGGUUUGUUUGGGGCUGAACAAGAAGAGAAGACAGAAACUGAUUUUUCAAAGACAGUUUAGCAACAAAACAAUUGUCUGUAGCUGAUAUUUAAUGGAUUCUGGUCUAUGUGACUGCUGCCAUUAAUUUACUGGGAUGUUUUCUCUUUUCUGUUUCUACCAGGCACUUCUCAGUAGAACAUGAAAAGGAGCAGAAGGGAAUAACAAUCUAGCGUCCAGAGCUUGAUUUUGUAGAAUAAUGUUGCACUUUUCUCAGCUGACCCUUUAUUGUUUGUGAACCUGCAAUAAUCAAAGUUUUGCAACUUAAUACUUUUAUAUUGAAGAGCAACUUCCUCUUCCAAGACGAUCAUGGAAACUAUGAAACAUGGUGGUAUAAAUACUGGUGCUUUUACUAUUGCACUUCAAUUUCAUCUCAUUGCACAAUGAAUGACAUCAGACAUGAGAAGCACUGAGGAUUAUCAGCUCUGUUGCAUCACUUUAUGACAAUCCUCAAUCUGAGUUAUUACAAAGAAUGACUAACUUAAUUUUAAUAUUUGAUUAAAUUUGUUUUGACAUACUGAUUAAACUGCUGUAUAAAAGACAAAGUGGUGGCUUUGCAGUUUUUUAAAAACACAAAGUGGACCCGUUAUGCAAAAUU